AUGCUGGCUGUAGUCAGAACCAUCUUCUUCAACAUCGCGCUGUGCUCGUUUGUUGUCCUCGCCUCCGCGCUUUCAACAGAUGGCAGCAGAGCUCCAGUCAUAGAUGUUCGCUGGCCUUCGCAUCUUCUCGUCUUGAAGAGAUCGGUCACCUCUGCUGAGGUUCCGUUUCGUCUCCACCUGAGCUCAGACGAUGAGCCUCAUUGUGAGGGUUGGGUGUAUCGCCUGUACACGACAAGCCGGGAACCUAGCAUGGAGGAUGCAGUGCAGGGGGCCGGGAGCCCUGCGAGCAAUGCUCACGACAUGUGCAGGCACUGCGAGCGGUCAGGCGAUGGAGCGUACGCGUGCAAGAUGAAUGCAAUCAAUCUCACGCAAGGGCACUUGUGGUUCGGUACAUACCUGGAGCACGAGGCGAGAGCUUCAGUAUCGGGCGGGAGGCUGGUGGUGUGGCAUGAGAUGGAAGUGGUGUAUGGGGCUAAGCUCAGCCUCAAGCUGCCAGCGCCAGACAGCCAUCUUGUGCCCUCAGAUCAAGGAGAAGUAGAGCUCACGGUCGGUUACAGCGCUGAGCUCGGGAGCAGUGAGCAUGUGGUAGCAUUCUACUCGGUUGAGAUUUGGUUUGGGGAUGCGCGGUUAGAAGCAGCGAGAGAUACAAGAGAGAACGGAUGGGAGUUGACAGAGCAGCUGUUGAGAGGAGAGAUCAUCGAUCGACAUAAGAUCAAGCCAAGGCCUGGCUGCUACGAGCUGAGGGUCGUUUUGAGUUGUACGUAUGCGUUGCCAGACGAGGACGCAGACGAGACGUCGCAUGUGGAGGAGAUGAUGAGGGAAGUGUGCAUUGAAGGGGGGGAGCCUGAGGGGGAGGGCUGGGAAGGAUCGCUCUCGCCCAAGGUGAAGCUGUUCUGUCAGGACAUGGCGUGUAAGUGUGAGCUGGACGACACUUGCCGAGAUGACGACUACGAAUGUGAAAGCCCGACCUUUCCGGACAUGCUGCAAUACACGGAAGAUGCGAUGAUCAACACGAACAGGUACUUGAGAGGAGACUUCUCUUUCGACCAGGUGGAGCAUGCGUUCGACAUGAAGGUGUUUGUGUUGAGCCUUCCUGGGAAAGAACAAAAGCGACGACACAUGGAAGGCUUGCUGAAGGCAGCAGGCUUCAGGAAUGUGAGCUUUCCGGCACUCACCCUCAAAGAGGAGAUCGAUGUAGAAGCGUUGAUCAGCUCUGGGUGGGUAACGCGGGAGGGGGUGGAGCUCAUGUCGAUCACGCCAUGGACGAUGCAUGGUGCGCUGAAGCCGUACAUCGCUCGGGCGAUGGACAACCUCCGGGUGUUGGAAGAAGGUCUAUCAAGCGGGGCAGAGCUGAUCGGAGUGUUCGAGGACGACCUGAUGGUGCAUGACUACCUCCCGUCUCUCAACUUGCGGAUCAAAAGAGCGCUGGAGGAGCUCCCGGCCUCGGCAGACCUGCUGUACCUGGAGUACUGCUUCGAGAAAUGCAGCUCACACUGCUCGGAGCCAGGGCUCGCUCACAUCAGCCGGGCACAUCGGCCUCGAUGUACAGGAGCGAUAGUGUUCACUGCUCAGGGGGCGAGGAAGGUCCUGCACCUGUGCAAGCCCGUGUUUGCUGCUGUGGACAACAUGUUGCCGAUGUUGAUCGAGCGGGGGCACCUGGAGGCGUACCUGCUGAGGAGACCAGGUUUCUUUCAGGACGCUUUCUGGGGCUCAGAUGUCGAUCGACAGACUCGAUUUCCUCACAAUCCGAAGCAGCACGCUCCGAUUGCCCCAGUCUGCGAGGAAGAUUGGUAUCGUCGGUCUGAAUUCUCAAGUAUGUACAAGUUUUACGUGGCGUCAGUGGUAGGGAACAUGACAUCAGACAACUCGUACGUCGACAGUGUGUAUGGGAGCGUGGAUGCGGCAGUCUCAACUUGCAUGCGACAGGCUGAGGGGGACGUGGUCCUGUUACCGAGAAGCUCGUAUCACGUCUUCCACUCCAUUCCGCCUUGCUCGCUGAUGGUGGAUCAGCCUCAAUGUCUGCUGUCCCACAAGAGUGCUGAGAUGCAUUCUGCAAUCAACCUCGUUUGCGACGAACCCUUACUUGAUGGCAGCAUUCCGGGGGUUUGUUUUCUGGGGGAGAGCCAUGAGCGGUUCAUGUUUUCGAUGUGCGAGGAUGCGGAAGGAACGGCUCUGAUUCUUUCUCCGAGCAAUGACUGCUAUCGGUCACGCUCUUGUCACUUUUCUCUGCUCUCGCAGGACGUGGAAGCGGACUAUCGAGCUCGGAUGAGCCUGCAUCGAGAGUUGAGUAUCAUGGUGUUCGAUGACCUCGAGCGAGAGCGGCGGGAGGUGUGCUACUUGCUGUACGGGGAAGCGCUCACAGGAGAGCACCUCGAGUACCUGCGGACAAGGCUUGCGGCCGAUGAGUCAGGGGGGAGGCUGAAGCAAGGCAUCGUGAAGCUUGUGUACUCGAGGCAACUAGAAGGAGAGGGCGUCGCCGGUUGGUCGGAUGUGAUGGAAGCUCCGGCUGCGCUGAGCGUGUCGUAUCUGCGCUGGCAUCUGCUUGAAAGCGCGUUACGACGCUUUCGGUACCCGAUGGUGGAGUUUGGAAGGUUUCGCUUCUGCCACUACGACACUUUGUUGUCAGGGGCAUGCGUAGAGGAGGAGGAGGGAGGAAGGGAGGAGAGGCUGGGGGGGAGAUGGGCGUCAGACCGAGGGACCUUGACGCUGAGGGUGGGGGAAGUGAAGGAGGCGCUGUCGUUUUUCAAUGAACGAUUAUGA